AUGACGAUGGCCAGCAAUAUUGUGGUCGAGUGGCUGCGCUCGCUUCACUUGGGCCAGUACUCCGAGUCGUUCAUCGACAAUGGCUACGACGACCUUGAGAUCUGCAAGCAAAUCGGCGAUCCCGAUCUGGACGCGAUCGGGGUGUUCAAUCAAACGCACAGAGCCAGGCUACUCCAGUCGGUGAAGACGCUGAGGGAGGAGGGUGCUGCGAGCGUUUACUUCACGCUGGAGGAAAGCAACGAUUGCCUGUGCGACAACGUCAGCUCGAAAUCUUCCAGAACGUCUUCUGAGAGACCGCUCAGCGAUAAAGAAGCGCAGAGGGCUUCGCCAACAGCCAGCUCCUCGAGCGGUGGUCAGGAAUUAACCAAGUUCGCGGACGAGUACGAGGAGGGAAAGGCGGAGCUCGUCAGAAUCCCGAGGAUGCAGCUACGGAUGCUGCUGCAAGAGAAGCUCAGGCACGACGGCAUCAGGCUGGCUUGUCAACCUUACACAACACCGGUAAGUCAGCUUGUCCUCUCUCUCUCUCUCUCUCCCUCUUUAAUGUUUCUAGACGCAAAAUAUUCUUCAUCGCUAUUACCUGACCAUUACGUUCAAGACAAAGUUAGUUAUUUGCUCGCCAUGAUAAAAAAUGCCGCGAAAAAAUUUACGACCAGAAGCUCUGUACGAUGUAAGACGAGUUACAUGAAAUUCACGGAACUUUAUCAUCCUUGGAAGCAUCUCGUGAAAUUUUCCCUUCCUUGCUCACCUUCCCCCCCCCCUCCCCAUUGAAAUUUCUUUCGCGUCUUUGUUUUUCCCUCCAACCUGUCGUUGAAUAGCUCGCCUGUUCGUCGUAAUAAUAACGUUGUGAUUUUCUUUUUCUUUUCUCUCAUGGACGCCUCGCGUAAUUUCACGUUGCGUUUCAUCGACAUCUCGCAUCUCGCGUGAAUAUUUCGUUGAAAAUUGAUAAAGUUGAAUCCGAUUCAGUUGAGUCAGAGCGAUAAGAGUAAACUUCGUUGUUAA